UCAGUGCGUGUCGGCGUUGUCCUAGACUUCCCAGGGCGAAAUAUUAACGUGUUAAGAUGAUGUCGCUGGGCCCUAAAAAGGACGGCAGCCCAAAUCUUAAAUUUUUUGACUCGCCGGAGAUCCUUGCGCAGUUCGACACCGUCAAGCAGUGGCUUCUCAAAAAUGCCAAAAAGUACAUACAGACAGAUCCACCAACAAAUAAGAGCUUAUCAACCCUUGUUGUACAAAUUUUACAAUUUCAAGAAGAUAAUCUUGGAAAAAAUGUGACUAAACCUCACAUGAUAAAGAUCCCUAUGAAAUGUUUCUUAGAUUUCAAGUCAGGUGGUGGGCUAUGUCAAAUUUUGUUAACAGCAUUUAGGUUUAAGCAAGAACAAGGAUGGAGGCGAUUUGAUUUUCCUGUUGGAAAGUCUGGUACUCGCAUAGAUCGUAUGCUGGAAAUGCUUACUGCUAUUGAACGAGCAUUAGUUCAGAGUAGGUGCUUAACGGUACCCAAUGUAUAUGUGACACCAGAAGUGGAUAAAAGUACUACAGCUAAAGUAAAAGAAAUAAUUCGUCGACACCAAGGAACUCUAACCGAGAAUGAAAGUGAUGCAACUCAUAUAAUUUAUCCUCCACUUGAUCCCGAUGAAGAAGAAUAUGCAAGACCUGCAUUUAGAAAGGAUCGAGCAGUUUUAAUGCAUUACUAUUAUGUGCCAGAUAGUUAUGAUUCUUGGUCAAAUAUAGAUCUUCCAUGGGAUUUCCCAGAAAUUGGCUUAGGUAGUGCUCCAACAAAGUCGACAUAUAAGGUAAAUGCUAAUUGGGCUCUAGACUUAGAACAGUAUAAUGAGUGGAUGAAUGAAGAGGAUUAUGAAGUAGAUGAUAGUGGGCAGAAAAAAGUGCACAAAUAUAGACUUUCAGUUGAAGAUUUAAUGGCUCCAACACCUGCAUCAGGCAAAAAGCAAAAGAGGAAAAAGUCGCCGACUCCACCGCCAAAACUUGGUAAAAGAAAAAGUGGUAGAGCUCCUAGUGGCACGCAAGGAGGAAUAUCUGGUCCGAAAAAAUCUCGCGGUGGAGAUGAAGAAGAAGAUCUUACACAAGGAAUGGAGGAUCCUCCAUCAGAACCUAGAAUAACAGAAGUUAUAAAUUCGAAUUCGAACGCAUCAAAUUCUGGACAGAAUAGCAGCUCAGGAAUAAUGUCUAGCAAAAAGCAGGACAAUGAUAUGCAGCCACUUAAGUCGGGAAACAUGGCUGAUUUGGAUGAACCAGUCGAUGGUGAUAAAACUAAUUCGCAAAAUUCGCAAGAUAGGGAAGAACGUGAUACAAGUAAGGAAAGAGGGGACGGCAGUAAGAGUGAUGAGCCUGAAGAUAACGUCACAGAGCAGACCCAUCACAUCGUCAUUCCGAGCUAUUCAGCGUGGUUUGACUACAACUCCAUCCACAUGAUUGAAAAACGAGCGCUUUCAGAGUUUUUCAACGGCAAGAACAAGUCUAAGACGCCAGAAAUUUACCUCGCUUACAGAAAUUUCAUGAUCGACACUUAUCGUCUCAAUCCUACCGAAUACAUCACCUCCACAGCCUGCAGACGCAAUUUAGCUGGUGAUGUGUGCGCUAUCAUGCGUGUACACGCUUUUCUUGAGCAGUGGGGUCUGAUCAAUUAUCAAGUGGAUGCUGAUUCAAGGCCGACACCUAUGGGACCACCACCUACUUCGCACUUCCAUGUAUUGUCAGAUACACCAUCUGGCUUGGCUCCAGUUAACCCGAAUCCUCCUAAAACACCUCAACCAUCAGCGGCAAAGACAUUGCUCGAUCUUGAAAAGAAACCCACCAUUGACGAGAAAAUUCCAGUUGCUGGAGCAAUGGCCAAUUUUGGUCUGAAGCUUGACCAAUACACGAGGAAGCCACCUGUUUUGAAAAAUAAGCAAGCUGCUGGUGCUACACGUGAAUGGACAGAACAGGAGACACUAUUGUUGCUUGAAGCUUUGGAAUUGCACAAGGAUGAUUGGAAUAAGGUUUGCGAGCACGUUGGUUCAAGGACUCAAGAUGAAUGUAUCCUGCAUUUCCUGCGAUUGCCUAUUGAAGAUCCAUAUUUGGAAGAACCAGAAGGUCUUGGUCCCUUGGCAUAUCAACCUAUACCUUUCUCCAAAGCUGGUAAUCCUGUGAUGAGCACUGUUGCAUUUUUGGCUUCGGUGGUAGAUCCCAGGGUAGCAGCUAGUGCAGCAAAGGCUGCCAUGGAAGAGUUUGCUGCGAUUAAAGACCAGGUACCUGCUGCUCUGCUCGACCAACAUUUGAAAAAUGUUCAGGCUACUGUUGCUGAUGGCAGAUUCGAUCCAGCUGCCGGUCUUGCACAAUCAGGCAUCGCAGGUACAGGACCACCCGAACCACCGGAAGAUACGAACAAAGAUGGUCAAACGACUCCAUCGUCUCCAUCCUCAGCCACAACUCCUCCCGAGGGCAAAAAGUCUGAAGCCAUCGAUAAACCUAAAGAAGAAGCUGAUACUACUACUGCUGCUGCAUCAGAAACAUCGACGGGAGAAAGUAAUGAAGCAUUGGCUGACGGCAAUGCUCCUUCAGCUGCUACGGCAAUGCCGAAGAAAGAAGCGGCUGAAACUCUCGAGGGAGAUGGUAACGAGCAACCUACUAUGGGUGCUUCAACAGAUACUGCAGCACCACAGUUGGAAAGUGAAAAAAUGGAGAUGGAUACGAAAGAGCCUGAAGAAAGUGAAAUUAAAGAAAAAACUGACGGCGAAGAAACGUCCGAAUCCAAGGAGAAGCCGAAAGAUAAAGUUGUUAGAGAUGCACAGUUGCAGUCGGCAGCAGCAGCAGCUCUGGCGGCAGCAGCGGUCAAAGCCAAGCAUCUGGCCGCUGUAGAAGAAAGGAAAAUUAAAUCACUUGUAGCACUUCUCGUGGAGACUCAAAUGAAAAAGCUCGAGAUCAAGCUUCGACAUUUCGAAGAACUUGAGACAACAAUGGAGCGCGAACGCGAGGGUCUUGAAUAUCAGCGCCAACAGUUAAUUACAGAACGUCAACAGUUCCAUUUGGAACAAUUGAAAGCAGCUGAAUUCAGGGCAAGGCAACAAGCUCACCAGCGACUGGCUCAAGAACAAAUGCAGCAGCAGCAACAACAGCAACAGCAGCAACAACAGCAGCAGCAACAGCAACAGCAACAUCAAGGUCCUCCAAACCAUCAUCCACCAACGUGGCCGCCUAAUAGCAAUCCACAAAUGAUGCAGCCAGGUCAACAACAGCCACCUAUUAUGCAGCAACCACCGGUGCCACCACCAGGUCAGCAACAGCCACCAAGUCCACAAACGCAGCAGCCACAUACACCUCCACAGCAAGGGGCGUAAAAGCGACGAUCAGUGGCGAAAAUGAGAGUUGUACAGUGAGAAAGCUGGAGUUUCUUCGGCGAGUGUUGGGCCGACGUGUGUUGUAAACGUGAGCUAAGGAUAAUCAUUGCGCGUUAAUGACAGCGUUCUGUGUCAUUCCGUUUUAUUAUUGUAGAUAUUUUUUACAGAUCUUAAGCUCGUAGAGUAUUUUUUUUCUUUCUGGCUCAAAUUUUGUAAUACUAUGUUAAUUGUGUCUUUUCAAUACCAAAUCGUUUUUAUUUAACAUUUUAAGAGAUUUUUUCAUUUGGUGACACCUAAAUGCUUAUUGUAAGAUUCGAGACCAACUGAUGUCGCGUUUCUUUGACAAACACUGAACGUGCAAUUGAAUUUUAACUUGACUUUCACGUGAACAUCCGACCCAUAGAAAGAUUUGAAUGAGGACAUUUAAACGACAAAAAAGGGUAGUUUGUACUAAAUUUCUUUUUGUAACAAGUGAGUGAAAGUUGAGAAUGAUUGAGAUUGCGAGAGGGAUUAAUUUGUUUGAUCAGUAUGUAACUUUAUAGAAAUUCUAAAUGCUUUUCACAUAUUUGAUACUUCAUAUUGUUUUGAGAGUAAUUAUUAGCAGAAGAGAGAGUCAACUUAUUUGUAUAAGAAAUGAGAAAAUAAAUAAAUGUGAAUUUAAUGUUAUUUAAGGACUAUGAAAGACGAUCUCCUCGAGUCGGAUAGUGGAUAAUGAUUAAGGUCUGAACAGUGGCCGUGAAAACAGGCGUUUAUUAUUUUAUUUAGAAUUAUUUUUGCGGGUU